GGGUGUCAAACCAAAAUCAAGAAGAAGAAAAAAAAUCCUUAUAAACUCCACUACUGUAUUUGCUUCUUGCAAUGCUGCUUAGUGCUCCUUUUGGUGAAAUCUUGUGGAGCAUGAAAGUUAUGGCCUUGAAUCACAUGUUGGUCCUUUUUCUUUUGCUUGUCAAUUUGAGCUUUUAUGGAAAUGUUGCUGCUCAGAAAAAGGAGUUAGGAGGUUCUUUCAUCUUUGGGGACUCCUUGGUGGAUGCUGGAAAUAAUAACUAUAUGUCAACUCUUUCUAAGGCAAACAUCCCUCCAAAUGGAAUCGAUUUCAAGGCCUCUGGAGGAAACCCCACUGGCCGCUACACCAAUGGAAGAACCAUUGGUGAUUUAGUAGGAGAGGAAUUGGGACAGCCAAAUUAUGCUGCCCCAUUUUUGGCGCCAAAUACAACUGGGAAAGCCAUACUCAAUGGUGUGAAUUAUGCUUCUGGUGGAGGAGGGAUUCUGAAUGCGACUGGAAGAAUAUUUGUGAAUCGGAUAGGAAUGGAUGUUCAAAUAGAUUACUUCAGCAUAACAAGAAAACAGAUUGACAAACUGUUGGGUGAAUCAAAAGCAAAAGAGUACAUAAUGAAGAAAUCCAUUUUCUCAAUCACAGUUGGGUCCAAUGAUUUUCUCAACAACUAUCUCCUCCCUGUUCUCUCCGUUGGAGCCAGAAUUUCUCAAACCCCAGAUGCUUUCAUAGAUGACAUGAUUAACCAUUUCAGAGCCCAACUUACCAGACUUUACCGACUGGAUGCCAGAAAGUUUGUGAUUGGCAACGUUGGGCCAAUAGGAUGUAUUCCAUACCAAAAGACUAUAAAUCAGUUGAAUGAAAAUGAAUGUGUGGAUUUGCCUAACAAGCUUGCACUUCAAUACAAUGCUCGAUUGAAGGAUUUGAUGGCUGAGCUGAACGACAAUCUCCCUGGAGCAACGUUUGUCGUAGCAAAUGUGUAUGAUUUGGUGAUGGAACUCAUAAAGAAUUAUGAUAAAUAUGGAUUCACAACAUCAAGCAAAGCAUGCUGCGGAAAUGGGGGUCAAUUUGCAGGGAUAGUUCCAUGUGGACCCACUUCAAGCAUAUGCACAGACAGGUACAAGCACGUGUUCUGGGAUCCUUACCAUCCCAGCGAAGCAGCGAACCUAAUCCUCGUUAAGCAGCUACUUGACGGAGACAAGAGAUACAUAUCUCCUAUCAAUCUUAGGCAACUGUGGGAUCUUUCAUCUUAAUUAAUCUCAUUCUUCUUCUUCUUCAAUUCCGUACCUCAAUUUGUCUGCAUCACACACCCCUUUCCCUUUCAAUUUUCUAAUUCUUGUCUAUUAAACUACUGUAGCUGUCAACAAUACGUACCCUAUUGUUGUGGCAGCUAGUGCUUCCUCCUCUGUUUACAUCAAUUCAAUUCACAUACAUGUAACUCUACAACCUCGUUUGCUUUCUCUUUCUUUUUCUUUUUUAUGUAUUUGUUAUUUACAAUUCACUUGAGUAUUUCAGAGAAAGAAAAUUAAAGGACUUGUUUCAAUUUGA